UUUGUUUCAUACACAGAGCGUCAAGGAGGCAGCAGCAGGGAUGCUGUCUCAGGUCACGCCCACCUUGUUCCUGGGCGGGGCCGACGCCCCCCUCAACGCGGCGCUGGUGUCCCGGAAAGGCAUCACCCUGAUCGUCAACGCCACGCUGUGCCACGCCAGCCCCACGUACCCGGGCGUGGAGUGCCUGCGCGUCCCCGUCUGUGACCUGCCCAGCGCCCGCCUCGCCGACCACUUUGACCGGGUGGCCGAGCGUAUCCAUGGAAACCGUGUGGGGGGCACACUGGUGCACUGCGUCGCCGGCAUGAGCCGCUCCCCGGCGCUGGUCAUGGCCUACCUGAUGCGGUUUCGGGGCGUGACGCUGUGCCAGGCUCACCGCUGGGUCCAGGAAAGCCGGCCCUUCGUGCGGCUGAACGCCGGCUUCUGGGAGCAGCUGCUGCAGUAUGAGCGGCGGCUGUACGGCCGCAACACGGUCCGGGUGGCCGAGGAGCCACAGGAAACUCCGAGGACGACAACGGCGGCAGGCCGCUGUGGCCAGGGGAGGCUCGUACCUGGGUCACCUGCGAUGCCCCGCCCACCCCUGAUGAUGUCACGCUCCCAACUGGCUACAUCAGCAAAAAAAUCCAGAAAAGGCUCCAAAUAUUUAUGGAGGGAAUAAACAUCUGAAUAAAACCUGAGGGAUCAAUAAGCAACAGACAGAUUUGUUGACUUGCUGAAACCAGAACCAGAAACGCUAAAUGUCUGUGCUUCUUUUGAGGACCAAACUAGAACUGAAACAAAGAGACGCAAACAUGUCUUUUUCUUUAAUUACCAGGCUACUUUACUCCCUCUUAUACUUGUCUUUACCCACUUAGGAAAUUAUGUUUACUUGUGAUUGUUAAUGACAAAUGUAAUUGUGUUCAUCAUUUGUGAAAGUAACAAAAGCCAUAUUGAGUAUUGGUAUUGAAUUAUUUGGUCAGAAAUUUUCUAAAUAUUCUGCUGUGGAACCUGUUUUUUAUCAUACAUGGAACAAAAUGCACAGUAGGGGCGCAAUGAUUAUUCGACGUUGUCGACAAAAAUCUAUAAUAAAAAACUGUCACCACAUGGAUUUUUCCAACAGAGUGAGACAUCGGCCUCCCUAUCAAUCUCUGCUGAGAGUUGCGCAAUAGGGUUCAGCGCAAGGUAAACAAUGUGAGGCAACACAACUGCGACUGGCAGCAAAGUUCAUUAAACGAUGCAUUUUUGAAUUAACUGUCCAUUUAUCUUGACUUUUAUUUUUAAUUAUCACGUCAUUUAAACAUGCAAAAUUUUAAAGCUGAGCGCCAAAUAAAAGCCAUUUAAUAAUUGUGAAAUUCGUAAUCCGGUUAGUCGACUAAUUGUUUCAAUAGUUGAUGACUACUCGAUUAUUAGAAUAAUCGUUAGCUGCAGCCCUAACACAGUAACUUAAAAUGCACAGUGAGUAAUAUUAAACCAUAACUUUGAUAAACCAGGGAAUGUGUAUAGUUCCGUGUGGUUAUAAAUUAGUUUUUAAAAAAUUGGUUAAUCAGUGAAGUUAUGAAAAUGUUUCAUAAAAAAGAUCAGUGCCCGCUCCGGCCACGCCCCGCGGUUAAACCAGAGCACUCUUCCUUUAGACGGGUUCAAAAUGGGAUCCAACUGGUGGCUGAGCUGAUUAAUAAAGAAGGACAACUAUUCAGCUACAAUUAAUUCAUCUCACUAUAUAAUUUUCCAGUUAGUCCCCAGGAAUACUCAAUGACGGUUGAUGCUAUACCCUCAGGCACCUUAAUGUUGUUUAAAAACACCAAUCAUUCUCUACCUUCCCCAGUUACUAUCCAUGAUCCUGCUGAAUCAUCAAUGGGGAAAAUCUGCUUUUCACAAGAACAUGGUAACAGAAAUACGAUAAUCCCCAGUUUAUUCAGAAAAAUAAUUUCUCUCGUCCAUAUACAACAUAUUAUUUGAGCCGUUAUAUCCCAGGUAUCACCUGGAAGACUGUCUGGCCCUGAUCCCUCAUAAAUAUCUCAUUCAAAAUAAGGUGAGGGAAGUGUCUUUUGAAAUUCUUCAUAAAAUUUACCCUGCCAAACAUUUAUAUGAUCAAAUUUAAAAGAGACAUAUUUUAUUGCAUUCUUUUGGUGGUCAUACAGAAACUGUGAUACAUCUUUUUUGGCACUGCCCUUUGAGACGUAGGUUUUAGAGAAAGUUUAGCAGAUUUAUUAAUACCCAUAUUUUGAGGGAUUUCUCCUUGGUGGGAAAAUGUUUUUUUUUUUUUUUUUUUAAAUCGUCAUAAAGGAUACUAAAUGUUUUUUUUUAAUGAUAAAUUUGCUCAUUCUUUUGGCUUAAUUUUAUAUUCAGAAAGGUACAUUUAUUAAUAAAACACCCUAUUUCUUCAUUUUCUCAAGGAUGUGGAACUAUAUGUUAAAUCAAUAGCAGACUCUACUA